AUGUUAGUGGACAUUGGCUGUAAUGGAAGAGUCUCUGAUGGAGAUGUGUAUUGUAACACUAAAAUAAGCAAAGCAGUUAAGGAAAAUCAUUUAAAUGUCCCUGGCCCAAAGCCACUACCAGAAAGUGAUGUGUCAACUCCAUAUACCGUGGUUGCUGAUGAUGCGUUUCCUUUAAAACCCUAUAUUCAAAAACUAUACUUACACAUUGAAAUGAUAAAAGAGAGACAAAUCUUUAAUUAUUGUCUGAGUUGUGCUUGCAGAAGAGUCAAGGACACUUUUGGUAUUUUAUCUAAUCGAUUCAGAGUGUUUAAUACUCCAAUUGGACUCCAGCCAAAAAAAGUGGAAACGACAUUCCACUUGGUAGCUUUGAUACAAAAGACUUAUACACCCAUGAUGUUAUACCCUGUGAAUGGUGACAGGAAACAGCUAGAGGAUUGCAAUCUCUGA